AUGAAGUGGUUUGGCAGUAUGUCCCUCAGCAGCAAAAGGUGUAAGAGGAGGAGUAGAUGGAGCAGCGGUGGUAGCAAUAGCGUGCUGCUAUCCCUGGCUCUCGUGGUGGCGGUGACCCUGAUCGCCGACCCCGUGGCGGCUCAAAAGCAGCGAACUGGCGGCGCCUCGGAUAAAGUGCCGGUCCUGAACAUUGCGGUGAUCCUUGGGCGCACUCGCUACAUCUCGGACAGGGACAUCCGGGCGCUGUGGAGCAAGGAGGACCCCAUCGACGUCAACGUGGUCACACUGCUGGUCAACGAGACCGACCCGAAGAGCAUCAUCACCCACAUGUGCGACCUGAUGUCCGGGACAAAGAUCCACGGCGUGGUGUUCGGGGAUGGCACCGACCAGGAGGCCAUCGCCCAGAUUUUGGAUUUUAUUUCCUCGCAGACGCUCAUACCAAUCCUGGGCAUCCACGGAGGGUCGUCCAUGAUCAUGGCCGAUAAGGAUGUGAAGUCCACCUUCUUCCAGUUCGGUGCCUCCAUCCAGCAGGAGGCUCUACUGAUGCUGAACAUCAUGGAGGAGUACGACUGGCACAUCUUCUCCAUCGUAACGUCAAAGUUCCCCGGCUACCAGGAGUUCAUCAACAUCCUGAAAACUACCGUGGACAACAGUUUUGUGGGCUGGGACCUGCAGAAUAUCAUCAUCCUGGACGCAGUGGAGGAGGACAGCCGGUCUCAGAUCAUGCUCAAGAAGGUCCAGUCCCCGGUGGUGCUGCUCUACUGCUCCAAGGACGAGGCGGUCUACAUCCUGGAGGAGGCGCGCUCCCUGGGCCUCACCGGGUUCGGGUACAUCUGGAUCGUGCCGUCGCUGACCACGGGGAACCCGGAUAUAACGCCCGAGGCCUUUCCACCGGGGAUGAUCUCGGUGUCGUACGACGACUGGGACUACCCGUUGGAGGCGCGAGUCCGGGAUGGCCUGGGGAUCAUAACGUCGGCCGCGGCAGCCAUGCUGGAGGAGUACGGCGACAUCCCCGAGGCCAAGACGUCCUGCUACGGCCAGAUGGAGAAGACAUCCAAGCUGCCCCCCAGUGCGCUACAUAAGUACAUGAUGAAUGUGACAUGGGAUGGCAGAGAUUUGUCAUUCACAGAAGACGGCUACCAGGAAUUCCCAAAGCUGGUGGUCAUAGUCCUCAACAAGGAGAGAGAGUGGGAGAAGAUGGGGAAACUGGACAACCGCAGCCUGACACUCAAGUACCCGGUGUGGCCGCGCUUCAACUCCUUCGGCGAUGCAGAGAUGGACGACAACCACCUGUCCAUCGUCACGUUGGAGGAGAAACCCUUUGUCAUAGUGGAGGAUGUAGAGAGGCUGACCGGUACCUGCAUGAGGAACUCCGUGCCCUGCAGGAAGCAUAUUAAAGACAACACAACUGAGGCUGGUGGGACAUACAUCAAGAAGUGCUGCAAAGGCUUCUGCAUCGAUAUUCUGAAAAAGAUUGCCAAGUAUGUAAAGUUCACCUAUGACCUGUACCUGGUAACCAAUGGCAAGCAUGGCAAGAAGAUCAACAAUGUCUGGAAUGGGAUGGUGGGAGAGGUGGUCUAUAAGAAAGCCGUCAUGGCCGUCGGAUCUCUGACGAUCAAUGAGGAGCGUUCUGAGGUCAUCGAUUUCUCCGUCCCGUUCGUGGAAACCGGGAUCAGCGUCAUGGUAUCCCGUAGCAAUGGAACGGUCUCCCCGUCAGCCUUUUUAGAGCCGUUCAGUGCAUCAGUGUGGGUGAUGAUGUUUGUGAUGCUCCUACUGGUCACUGCAAUGGCUGUCUUUAUGUUUGAGUACAUCAGUCCUCUUGGAUUUAACAGAAACCUGGCACAAGGAAGAGACCCCCAUGGCCCUUCCUUCACCAUGGGUAAGGCCGUGUGGCUGCUGUGGGGUCUGGUCUUCAACAACUCUGUGCCAGUGCAGAACCCGAAGGGAACCACCAGUAAGUUCAUAGUGUCUGUGUGGGCCUUCUUCGCUGUCAUCUUCCUGGCCUCUUACACUGCCAACCUGGCUGCCUUCAUGAUCCAGGAGGAGUUUGUCGACCAAGUCACCGGGCUUUCCGACAAUAAGUUUCAGAACCCGUACGCAUACUCGCCUCCGUUCCGCUUCGGGACGGUACCAAACGGAUCCACAGAGAGGAACAUCAGGAAGAACUACCCCGCUAUGCACCAGUACAUGGUAAAAUAUCACCAAACUGGAGUCACGGACGCACUUGUCAGCCUCAAAACGGGGAAACUGGACGCCUUCAUCUAUGAUGCUGCGGUUUUGAACUAUGCGGCCGGCAGAGAUGAGGGAUGUAAGCUGGUGACCAUUGGCAGCGGGUACAUCUUUGCCACCACCGGGUACGGCAUUGCUCUACAGAAAGGCUCCUACUGGAAACGACAGGUGGACCUGGCUAUCCUGGCCAUCAUCGGAGAUGGUGAAAUGGAGGAACUAGAAGCCCAGUGGCUGACGGGAAUUUGCCACAAUGAGAAGAACGAGGUGAUGUCCAGUCAGCUAGAUGUGGACAACAUGGCUGGUGUCUUCUACAUGCUGGCCACGGCCAUGGGGCUCUCCCUCAUCACCUUUGUGUCUGAGCAUCUCUUCUACUGGAGGCUUAGAUACUGCUUCACUGGAGUCUGCACCGGCACGCCGGGUCUUCUUUUCUCCAUCAGUCGGGGAAUCUGGAGUUGCAUCCAUGGAGUCCACAUCGACAUGAAGAAAAAGUCAGAUCUGGACUUUAGCCCGCAGGACAAAAUGCUUAAGCUCAUUAAAUCAGCCAAACAGAUGACUAACAUGUCAAACCUGGGUGGCUCCCACAUGAAUUCACCCAAACGUGAAUUCAUGCACUCAGCUGGUCCAAUGAUUAUGGACAUGAUGGCAGAGAAAGGCAACUUCAUCUAUGCUGACAACCGAAGCUAUGCUCCCAAAGAUAUGAUCUAUGGGGACACUGGUGACCUGCAGUCUUAUCUUGCUAACCGCCACAAAGACCACCUUAACAACUACAUCUUCCAGGGAGGCCAGCAUCCUCUGACCCUGAAUGAUGCCAAUCCCAACUCAGUUGAGGUGGCAGUGAGUGCCGAGUCAGUCCAGACCAACGCCAAGCCGCCCCGGACUCUCUGGAAGAAGUCGGUGGACACACUUCGUUCGGUGCCUCCUGGGCCGCCUCCGAUGCCUGACAUGCUGAUGCCGGACCCGCGAAUGUCGAUGAAGACACAGCGCUACCUCCCUGAGGACGCAGCCCACUCUGACAUCUCCGACUGUUCCAGCAGGGCAGCCUCGUACAAGGACCCAGAAAAUAACAAGCACCUGAAGCCCAAGGACAACUUAAAAAAAAGAUCGGUGCCAUCGAAAUACCCAAGGGAUUGCAGUGAGGUAGAGCUGUCCUACUUAAAGACUAAGCAGGUCACCGGUGGAGCCAACCAAAGUGGGAGAGGAGGAGGAGGGAAAAUUUACACCAUCGACUCAGACCGAGAGCUGAGCCUACACUCAGACCCCGUUCACUACCGCGAAAGUCGCGGCCUUGCUGCAGAUGAUUUGGAUUAUCCUGAGAUAUACUCAGACCACAGCGACAACUAUAGGAAGUGUGAGCAGCCCAUCAUUCAUCUGAACUCCUCGCCCUUGCAUCACACCGACUCAGAUCUUCUACCUGACCCAACCUACCCUAAACACUACAGCCUGAAAGAGAAAAACAUUGUCAUGUCCCCACAUGAAUCGAUUGACCGCUACAAACAGACACACUGCCGUUCUUGCUUGUCCAAAGUGUCUGCUGGCUACCCACCAGGAGGGCCGUACACUCCUGCUGUACCUGCUGCAGCUUCUGCCACACGCUCACCCUAUAAUCGGUGUGAAGCAUGCCUCCACACAGCCAACCUGUAUGACAUUAGUGAGGACCAGCUCCUCGCAGACCCCUUGGUCAGUCCCACCAUGCACCACCAACAGCAGCAGCAACCAGACGAAAUGUUUGGUCUGUAUUGGCCUCAGACAGAUGGGCCGCAUGUUCAAAAAAGAAACCGCUUGAGGCUGAGUCGUCAACACUCCUUCGACAACAUCAUGCUGGAAAAGCCCAAGGAGGUAGACCAGGGCCGCCCGGCGCGCAGCGUCAGCCUCAAGGAGAAGGAUCGCUUCUUGGACUCCACAUCUGACUCGCACUACGCGAACCUCUUUGGCAUGCGUCCCUACUCCGGCAGACUGUUUGGCACCGGGUCCAAAUCAAUGAUGUUUAACCACAACCUGGAGGAGAGCAAGAGGAGCAAGUCCCUGUACCCGGCCCAUGGCUCGGAAAACCCUUUCCUCGGCCACUCGCUGAGGGAUGACACCAGCAGCAGACUGGUCCAUGGGCGUAGCUCCUCUGAUAUUUACAAACAGCUGGCGGUGGCCUCACCUGCAGCAGUCGUCGGAGCGCCCCCCAUCAAAACACGCAACGACGCGAACAAUCUCCGCUCUUCUGUAAAAUCCACCACUUCAUACUGCUCACGGGACGGGCGGAUAGCCAAUGACAUGUACAAUAAAGAGCAUGUGAUGCCUUACUCAGCCAAUAAGACUAGUGCAUACCCGGCCCCACGUGGCGUCCUAAACUCAGCCCAGUUCAGCAAUAGACGGGUGUAUAAAAAAAUCCCCAGUCUGGAGUCAGAUGUUUAG